AUGAGGCGCGGUGUGGCGCUGCUGUGCUCCCCUGCUCUAUCGUCAUCACCGGCAGCGGUAGCGGCAGCAACAACGGCCGGUGCUCUAUGUGCUUUCACCGGCAAGCGAGUGACGGACUUGGAGGCGCACAACUGUGCCUUCGACAUGCGUCUCUUCAAUCUCCUCAAGGAGCGUCUCACCUCCCCAACGGAGCCGCUGCCAGCGAACCAAAUCUACGCGACCAUUGCCAACCCAUGCCGCCUCAUUGAUGAAUUCGCCUGCGCCAAAACGACGCGACGACUGAGUCGGCUGCGAACUGCCCUGGGAUUUCUGCGGCGCCACAACGUGCUUUUGCAUAGUCUUCUGUUCUACGCCAAGGAAACACAAUCGUGGAACACAACACCGGAGUUUGGGCGGCUCGCUUUGUUCGGGGAGAGUCUACUAAGGCACGAAGUCCGCGCACGUACACUACGUUUGUUUCCUUCCAUAGACUCCGUUAUGUACGCGUCAUUGACCGCUGCAAUGGUGAGCGAGGAAGCACUAGGUACACUUUUUGAUCGACUACUAAUGAAGUCUCUUGUUGGGGUCAAGCCGGAAGGCAAGGAUCGUGACUGGUCCCUGACUGCGCAGCAGCGCAGCAACAUGUUGUGCGCUAUGGUGGGUGAGAUGAGCUGGUUCGCCUCGCGGACAAAGGCCACGGACAGGACACACAACAAUGCACUUUUUCCACCUUCCGAUGCUCUCAUUCUUCACGUGUUGUGCUGCCAUCUGUUGGAAAGUCUCCCUGCGGAGCUGAUCUACGCCUUUGUGGAACCGUGUGUUCGUCGCAUAAAGGAGGUGUGGGUGAAUGAGCCCAUGUCCAUCCCGCAGCAGUUGCACUUGAAACCGAGAACGAUUGGUGCGUUGUCUUUGUCACUAUUACAGAGGCCCAUGAGCGAGGAGGAGAAACUCCGCAAGACCAAGGCUCAGACCGCCACUGUAUGCCAGCCGUCUCUCACACCUGAGUGUCUUGGAAGCAUUCGAUCGACGAUGAGGCCGCGGUGGAACUAUAAACGUUUUGAUGAGCCGCGAUAUCAAAUACUGGAGGGGGAUAGACGCUGUGUCGUGGCAUUGAGGUCGUUACCCACUUCCCGAAAAAUGGAAGGACCUUCUGCUGCUGCUGCUGCUGAUGUUGUGGUGUUGACGGAUGAGCGACGGAAGGAAUUGGCUUCUGCGGCGCUGGAACGAGCACAGUAG